AUGCGCUUAGAACAUGCAAACAGAGCUGACAUGACACAUGAAUUGGGCACCGGCACCUACACGCUAGACUGUGGGAAUACGAACCAGUUUUUUAACAUGAAGGAAGUGCUGACUGAAAAUCUGAUUGCCGAUUUUCUAGAAGCCUUCUGUCUUUUUGACAGAGAUGGAGAUGGCUGCAUAACCAUGGAAGAAUUAGCUAGUGCAAUUAGAACACUGAAUCAAAAUAAUCCUAGGAAGGAAGAGCUGCAAAUCAUGAUGAAUGAAGUGGAUAUGGAUGGCAACGGGACCAUAGAAUUCGGGCAGUUCUUGAAUCUGAUGGCCAGAAAAAUGAAGCAAAGUGAAGCAGAAGAGGAAUUGAAAGAAGCUUUCAGACUGUUUGACAAGGAUCAAGAUGGUUACAUAUCACCCACAGAGUUGUUAACUGUGAUGAGAAAUAUUGGAGAGAAGAUCACAGAAGAAGAGCUGGAGCAGAUGAUCAGAGUGGCUGAUUUGGAUGGUGAUGGUCGAGUUAAUUAUGAAGAAUUCGUGAGGAUGAUGGCUGCUUAA